UUGCAUACGACACAAUCUGUCAGGCAGUAAACACUUUACAAUGACUAAUUGAUCUGCUGUAAAAGGCGCAAAGUGCUACCUGCUCUAAGCCUCUCUCAAGCCUGUGUUCAUUCAGUGAUAAAAAAAAUAUGUGUUUUUGUCUGUUUUUAUGACACAUUUUGUCGUAAACAAAAACAACUUUAGAAUGGUUAGGGUGGGGAUGAUAAGAAGCAAAUUGCGCGGAGAAGAGAAAAUAUAAAACCUAACAGGAUCUCAACCGAUCAUCACAGUCUGCCAACUGACAUAGAAGUGACAACUUAACUGUCAAAGAGUGUUCUUUAAGAAAAGUGAAUAAAAAGUGACUAAAUUUUUACUCAAAAUGCAAACCGAAAUGCAAAUUCAGGCCACCAACUACCUUUCGGGAAUAUUUUUACAAAAAUUCAACCCCACAACUAGCGAAAAAGCUGUUUUAAAACCUUUAGCUUGCCAUCAUGAUCUUACACCAGCAAGUGUUGACACAAUCAUCGACUUCGAGAUGAAAAAAGUCAUGGCCAAGUACACUGCUGAAGAGGCAAGCUUCGUAGAUCAGAAAUUAAUUGAAAAUCCAGUGAUCGUCGAACGAAGACCGUCAAAUCGAUCGGGCUCUGAAUCAAGUUCAUCAGUUCGUGAUCCAUUGCAACAACAAAGAGCCGAAUCGUGUCGAAAGUCAAGAAUCAAUAACAAAAUCAAGAAGGCCAAGUCCAAGUUUCGUCAUAAGUUUAUUACAAUGAAAUUGGCCCAAAAUGCUGCUGCACUGGAAUGUAUCAGAGAUGUGAUUGCUCAUGCUGAAGCUAAGCUUAAAAGUACCGGUUGCAGUGAGGCUACAUUGAGAAAGUUGCGAAGUGCUAUGGGAGUUGAUCGAAUGGAAAUUGAUAAUUUGACAGAGAUAACUCGUCAGUUGGGUAAUGUUACUGAUAAAUAAGAACGAUUUUUAAUUUUUUUUUUGACAAAAAAUGUAAAUAAUUGGUUGAAUGUGUAAAUAUUUAUUUUAUAAGAAAAAUGUGUAAUAUUAUUUUAAUAGAUGAAAUAACAAAUAAAUGUGAUUAAUUUAAGAUUCAGUAAACAAA